GUGCCAAAGGGCAGAGACCCCCCUUUUCUCUUUCUCCCUCCCCCAAUUUCCUGGGAGAUUGUGCACAGCGAACCAUUCAGCGCCGCUUUUCUGCUUGAGCCCACAGCCAGAAACCAAUUAGGAGAGGCACUGUGGCUGUCAGCGAUUUCAUUGAGCAUUUUGCCACAAAGGGAAGGCUGCCGCGCGAACCCCCUUACCCACCCACCCACCUCCUUGGCUUUUCCCUUGGUGGGGACGCAGGCGGGGGUCCCUCUGCCUUGGAGGAGAGGGGAGCUGGCCCCGAAGCCCCCCAAGCUGGGGCCGGGGGCUCCUUUGCGUGUGCGCCCGGAGGCUGCCCCCCUCCCUCCGUCCUCUUCCCCAGGGGAGGGUCUGCGCUGCCGUGGGAGGACCGUCUCAGGAGCCAUGUUCCGGAUCAAGCUGGAGCCUCUAAAAUUCAGCGCCUGGGCUAUGAAUGUCUUUAUCAAAUUCCGGAAUAAAGAGUCGGCGGCUGGGACUGGGACGGUCUCCACCAUGGGGAAGGAUUAUUACAAGGCCCUGGGGAUCCAGUCCGGAGCCAAUGAAGACGAGAUCAAGAAAGCCUACCGGAAAAUGGCCUUAAAGUACCACCCGGAUAAGAACAAGGACCCCAACGCGGAGGACAAGUUCAAGGAGAUCGCCGAAGCCUACGACGUCCUGAGCGACCCCAAGAAGCGGGCGGUUUAUGACCAAUACGGGGAAGAAGGGCUCAAAACAGGGGGCGGCUCCUCCGGCACCCCCGGGAACACCUUCCACUACACCUUUCACGGGGACCCCCAUGCCACCUUCGCCUCCUUCUUUGGAGGAUCCAACCCCUUCGACAUCUUCUUCACCAGUGGGCGCACCCGGGUGUUCAACGGCUUCGACCACGAUGACAUGGACGUGGACGACGACAACGACGACCCCUUCGGUGCCUUCGGCCGCUUCGGCUUCAACGGCCUUAACGGGGUGCACCGGCGGCACCCGGAGCCCAUCCACAUGCGGCGGAAGGUGCAGGACCCGCCCGUGGUGCACGAGCUCAAGGUCUCCCUGGAGGAGAUCUACCACGGGGCCACCAAGCGCAUGAAGAUCACCCGCCGGCGGCUGAACCCGGACGGGAGGACGAUGCGGACGGAGGACAAGAUCCUGAACAUCGUCAUCAAGCGCGGCUGGAAAGAGGGCACCAAGAUCACAUUCCCCAAGGAAGGAGACGCCACGCCGGACAACAUCCCAGCUGACAUCGUCUUCAUCCUGAAGGACAAGCCGCACGCUCACUUCAGGCGGGACGGCACGAACAUCAUCUACACGGCCAUGAUCAGUCUUAAAGAGGCCUUGUGCGGCUGCACCGUCAACAUUCCCACGGUGGACGGGCGCGUCAUCCCCUUGCCCUGCAACGACAUCAUCAAGCCGGGGACGGUGAAGAGGCUGCGUGGCGAGGGUCUGCCCUUCCCCAAGGUGCCCACCCAGCGGGGGGACUUGAUCGUGGAGUUCAAGGUGCGCUUCCCGGACAGGAUAGCCCCUCAGACCCGGCAGAUCCUCAAGCAACACCUGCCCUGCUCCUAGAGCCUGCCGGGCGGACGGACCCCCCUCCCUCGUCCACCUGCCCACCUGACCGACCGAACGACCGAAUGACCGCACGCCUUUCCGGGCGGCGGCGCUGCUUCAUGCACCAGGGGUGCCACGGCGGCACCCUCGGCCUGCACUGUGCGGGGUCCGGCUGCGCCCUCACUGCCAACCGCACCUCCUUUCGCAAGAGACGCUCCGGCCGGGAUCGGGUGCUCUCCUGUCCUUCCGUUGCCCGAUCCUGGGAGCUCGGAUCACUGCCAGCGCCCCUCUUCCGGGCCCACCGUGCCUGCUUCCGGCCUCUUCUGCCCUCCUCUGCCACGUCUGGAGGGUUUCUGCUUUGCGGAGUAUGAAUGGCAAGCUGCGUGUGAAAUUCUGCGGAGUGCUGAUGUAAAUAGGACUCAAACCGGUGCUGCUCCUGUUUCCUCCAAACCGCUCUCCACCUGGAGCCAUGAACAGGUAGCCACCCAGUCUUUGAGCAACCAGGAUGAGUGAUAUACCCAGUUUCCCAUUUAUCUAGACGUUUGCUCUGCAGAAGGAGGUGCUCGCUUGUUUCCGCUACUCUGUCAGUAGAUUUCAUGCCAAGCCGGACCGGGCUCCGAUCCACUCCUGGGGGACGUCUCCUCGCACUGCCAAGACCUUAUUUUGCCACGCUGAAAAGACAGACUCCUGGAGAGAACCAGCCGUGUCCGGCACCACUUCUUCUGGCCUUGCUUGACUGAUGGCUCCUGUUUUUAACUUUUCAUAGUAGAAACCUCAUAAGAACUGGUCCUCUUCCUAUCCAUUUUGGGGUGUCCAGUGUGGCUCUUUUAAGCUGGGGGAACGUGUAUGUGUUUGUGUGUGUACGUGGCAGAGAAAUAAGUUGCGUCCUUGCGUAAGGGAGGCGACGGAAGCGUCCAGAGCCCAGGAGGGAGGUUUUGGUUGCGGCAGGGAAGUGCGACCAGGCUUUGCUUCUGUCUCAGAAAGGGGCUAGAGGUCUGCCUGGGUGAUGGCUGUGUUUAGAAACUAUGCUAAAAUGCAAAACUCUUCCCAGAGUGUGAAAAGAAACAUUUGACCAGCAGAACAAUUGCGGCACCUUUGGGAAGUGCAACUGGGCUGGGCUUCAGAAGGGUUCCAAAGCUGAACAAAGGACUUUUUCCUUCUCAGCUAAGAUCAGGUCCCAAAACAACCCCUGGCCUCGCAUUUUGCAUUGAGCUGAAACGGGGAGGCUGCUGCCAUUGCAGGGUCCCACUUGAGUCUCGUCUCGUGGCUUCCGCUGGGUUUUGGGAGCUGGUUUUUAAGCCGUCUUGACUUUUACCUGACGGGGGCACCCAGGUGCGCCCCUGUAUAGCUGUACAGAGUCUAACAUGUCAGUCCCCCCAAAUGUGCAGGUAUUUCCCCUUCCCCACAAUCUCCAAGAAGAUUAAAACUGUUAAGCAGUGCUGAACUUGCCGACCGGUUUGAACGGUCAAGACGACAAGGCCUUUUCUUCUGGGCUCCCCCUGACAUUGUGUGUCUUUUUAAAUACAAAAAAACCCGUAAAGCUGGCGACGCUGCGGCAGGAAAAAGAGGGGCGGAGGCGGCGGCAGUGGCGGCACCGUUGGGGUUUUUUCUCCGUUUCAGGGAGACCCCAAGGGGUUUUAUAGUGUUUUUUUGUAUUUCCUCCUUUUUUGUAAUGUCCCGUAUUAAUAUUUAAAUAAGAAUAAUAAUAAAAAGUAUUUAAAAAAUAA